GUCCUUUCCAUGACAAUGUUGCCAUAGCAGCAAUGCCGAGCAAUACACAAUCUGUGUUUGGGUUCACUGGACCUGUUGAGGUUGAGGAUAAAGUAUGAAACACACACUCGCCACUGGACAGGGAAAUUUAUCAGGUAAAGUAAUCCAUAUGUUUAUUAAAUUUAGUACCUGGCAAUAAAAGGUUGUAUUCAAUUUGUGCAAUGUUGCUGUGGUGUUUGAUUUUCUUUUUAUGGAAGCUGUUCACAGUUUUUUUUUUCUAGUCAUUUCAUUAGCGAAUUUUCAGAAUUCCCGCAUUUGAACCUCAUUAUGUUGAAAAUGGGGAAUAAGAGACUUAUGUUAAUCUGUAGCAAAAUUCACUGUACAUUUAUGUAAUUCAAUUACACUGUUUAUUCCAGAGGGGGAAGUAAAUGUUCUACUCAUAUCAUCCAAAUAUAAUUAAAGAGUCUUUGUGGGCAGAAAGGAUUUCCAGGAGCAAUCAGUCUUGCAAUGAAUUUGAAGAAGACUCUGACUGAAGACUGUUGCUAUAUGACAGUGUUAUGACUGUUAUGACAUGCUAACAGCUGAAUAUCCUGGCAGCAGAGACGAUAUUUCACAGUUUACACGAAAUAUAAACUGCAAUGGUGCCAUCCAUUGCUGGUGCAUUGCUGUUAAUCCUCCUCAUGUGCUUUUGAAGCUCCUGUUUAAAUCUCUGCCAGGCCACAUGGCCAGGAAGCUAUGCAGAUAACUUUAUGGAUGGUGUGCAUGUUGUUACAUCUGUUGUAAAACUAACACAUUUCAGAAAAAGAACGUCAUACCAACAGCCAAACAUUACAGGGCAGUCUGAUGGUCUAGUGCUGUUGUGCUUUUUCAGCUUUCUAUAAGGGUUUAGUCAAAGUCUAGACUUCAAUAAUCUUGACUUGUGAUGUAAUUUGAAAACUGAACUUUGUGUUAACUGAAUAUGUAUGUGGUUAAUAUUAAAAACAGGAGAAAAUUAUAGAGUGGCAAAUACUUUGAGAGAAAAUAAAGCAAAUUUCUGACUGUUUGAAUGUCUUUUUUAUAACUCAAAUGCUAAUAAGUUUUCUCAAAGCAAUGCCAAGUGAUGAGCUUUGGGUUGGACCUUGGAAGCCUCACAGACCAAGGGGGCCUAUAGCUGCUCUCUAUGGGAGCCCGGGGCCCAAAUAUUCCCUUCCUGGGCUUAUAGGUGCUUCUCAGCAUGAUCCUACCAAAUGUAAGGCGCCAAUGUUCUCCUUUGGUGCUCGUCAUGAGGAAGCGAAUACAAACUGCUCUCCUGGUCCAAGAUAUCUGAUCCCCUCCAACAUGACCAUGAAGGGCAGAAGUAAAAUGCCUGCAUUUUCUCUUCUCGGCCGACCGAAGCAGCUUCAAAUGUCCCAUGUGCCCGGACCAGGCCAAUAUUCCCCAGAACGUUCUGGAAAGAUGACCAUCCGUUCAGCUCCUGCUUAUUCCCUGUAUGGGAGGAGAAGAGAUCGCAUUAACACCCUAUCGCCAGGUCCAGCCACCUACACUCUGCCCCCCAUGCUGGGCUGUAAAACUGCAGUUGCACCUUCAGCACCCAACUAUACACUUCAAGGCCGCAGUAAAACUGGAAGUUUCCACGAAGACUCUAACAAGACUCCGUCUCCGGGCCCUGCUGCCUAUAAAGUUGUGGACCCCUCUAUAUAUAGGCAGAAACCUCCACAGUACAGUAUAAAGGGACGCAACUUUGCUCCUGAGGAAAACACAAGUAAACCAGGUCCAGGAGCACACUAUCCUGAGCAUGUCACCUUUACAAGAGCAAAAGCCCCCAGUUUCACCUUUGGACUCCGCCAUUCACAAUACAUUGCGCCCCUCAUUAUAAACGUAGAUGAAUGAAGGAAGAAAGUUGGCUUUAGACAAAACAAAAAAAAAAAUCACAAUUAUUGAGAUCAUGUUUGAUCAUAUUUGUCCUGUCAUGCUGUUCAUACAAA